CCGAGUUUCUCUCUCUAUCGUCACUCGAGGUUAACCAGAUCCGAAGGAAGAAGGAGACCCAGAAGUAAAGCUCAGCAAAAGGAGAGAACUGUCCAUCGCUUUCCGGGGGAAAAUGUCGGCUGGAAUCGGGAAAUGCAGCAAGAUCCGCCACAUCGUGAGGCUGCGGCAGAUGCUGCGGCGGUGGCGGAUCAAGGCGCGAGCCUCCUCCGCCGCCGGGGGCCGCAUCCCGGCGGACGUUCCGGCGGGGCACGUGGCGGUGUGCGUCGGGGAGGGGUGCAGGCGGUUCGUGGUGCGGGCGACGCACCUGAACCACCCCAUCUUCCGGAAGCUCCUCGUCCAGGCCGAGGAGGAGUACGGGUUCGCCAACCACGGGCCCCUCACCAUCCCCUGCGACGAGUCCUUCUUCGAGGAGGCCCUCCGGUUGGUCUCCCGGCCGGACUGCACCGCCCGGGCCGCCAACCUCGAGGACUUCCAGCGGCACUACUGCCACGCCGGCCGCCUCGACUUCUGGCCCGAGUCCCGGCCCCUGCUCCACGGGCUUGCCGAGAAGACUAUCUGGUGAAACCCCCGCUAGAGACACGUAAAAAGCGUUGACCGAGACCGAUGCCGCGGAGAUCUUCACGUGUCGAAACGAUCGCUUCGUCGUCUCUCUCGGCGCCGAUGCAGAGACGGCGAGAUGGACGAUCGGGUCGCGUGGUGAUGCUGCAAAUCGGUCCGAGGAAACACGAUUUGCGUGCCUAGCAUUCCUCGAGCUCCGGUUGCUCGGAAAUAGGAAAAGGGUAGCGGCGCCGGCUAAACAAAAUGCGGCGGCUCCGGCCCGGGUUCGACUCAGUCCGAGUAAGGAAGGUGGCUGAGUUUUGGUUCGAUGUGUACAGCGUGACUCGGGCGAGUUGGCGAGGGUUGGGUUGGGGGGUUUUACACUUUUGUCUUUUGACUUACCAUUUGCCGAAAGGUAAGUCUAAUGGGGUUUUUUCUCUCUUUUUUUUUCCUAAGAAGCAUUAAUUUUUUUCUCUUUUAUUUCCCCUUAAUUUCGGGGGAGUAAUUGUAAUUUGAUUAUAUUCGGGUCGAGCUCGAGGGAGAAGGGUUGCUCCGGAUGAGAAUUCCUAUGGAGAUGGCAAAGAAAGGGGUGGAGACCGGCCGUGUCCCACCGAGUCGUCCCGAGUUCGAAUCGGAGCGGAGGCUAUCUCCGAUGAGGUACCAUAAAAGCCGCAAUUUGAGCCGAAUCGAAGCAAAGAGGAGGUCCUGAAGCUAUUGAGCAGGAGGAGUGGAUCUUUUGCUAUUUUUUCUUCCUUUUUCUUUUUAAUUUUGUAAAUUAUGUAAUUUAUUGAUUGAUUAAUGGGAAAAUUAAGGAGAUUUUCGGCGCGAA